AUGGAGGAACGCAGGGCGGCAGGGCAGCGCUCGGCGCCGGCGGAGCUGCGCAAAGCCCUGGGCCUGUGGGCCUGCGCGCCCGGGUGGCUGCCCGCCGAUGCGCUCGUUGGGCAGGAGGUAGCCGUUGAGCGCCAGGAGGCGGAUGAGGCGACGGCCCAGGCAUGGCAGGCUCAGCUGCGUCGGCUGGCGGCCAUCAACUCUGGCUGGCAGCCGCGGUACACACAGAUGGCAGAGACCGCGCCGCCGCCCUCGGCGCACGCUGCGCAGCUCGUGGCGGAGGCGCGCGCGGGUGCUGCCGCAGGCGGCCCCCUGUCGAUGCUGCUGCCGCUGGUCCGCGCACUCGAGUGGGGCGUUGCCUCAGCCCCAGGCCCCGGCGAGGAUGCCGAUUUCUCACUGUUCCCGCCGCAAGAAGCACGCUACACUGCCCAUCGCAGCGACGUGCUCUACCUGGCCCUUGGGCUGGCGCAGCUUGCGCAGCGCGUGACGGGUGUCCCCUGGCAGCAGCGCCAGUGCCUGGCCAGGCGCAUCGACACCCUGGCGAGGCGGCUCUGGUCCUGCGCCUCGGUCGCGCGCCACCCACCGCGGCCGCCUGACCUGACGACCGCCGAGCCCGAGUCUCUGAUCCACAGCCAGCGAUGGCAGAGCGACAAGCUACUUCAAAAGGCCACAUUUGAAGGGGACGGCGGCGGCGCUGUUUGGGACAGCACUGAUGACGGCGCGUGGUGCGGCGGCCCGCGCGUCGUCUCGCGGCUUGCAGGCAACCCCUGGCUGUGGGUGGUGCAGCCGCAGGAUCUGCCGCUGGUGGAGGCCUGGCGUGCCUUGGGCAGGGCGGCAGCGCUGCUGCGGAUGGGGUGGGACGACCCCCACAUCGCGGCGGCGGCCCUGCAGGGCACGCGGCUGCUUGUGGGCGGGCAGGACGGCUACUACCAGCACCACGGGGCCCUGCACAUGCAGCUGGUGGCGCUGCUGCGCGCGGGGCGGCCGCGCGAGGCGCUCAACCUGGCGACGGCGGCCGACAUGCCGUGGGAGCGGGCAAACCUUGAGCUGCACCUUGGCGGCUCCUCCAUGGUGCCCAAGCUGCUGGCAGCCGACGCGGAGCGCCUGGCAGAGUGCAGGGAGGACGAGGCCGCCUCGGACUUCACGCGCGCCACGCUGCUGGAGGUGGCGCUGCUGGAGCUGCAGCACAGCGCACGCGGCGGCACCGGCCGGCCCAGCCCUCAGCGCUGCCUCGAGGCGCUCAGGCACGCGCUGCUGGCCCUGGCGCGGCGCCGCUCGGGCGCGCCUGUGUCGCUGUCUGCGGCGUGCUCUGGUGACGGAGUGGAGCAGGGCCUGCUGUGGGAGCUGCUGCGCAAUGUGGUGGUGGCGUGCGGGCGGGAAGUCCAGGAGGAAGGCUGGGGACGCGACAGCAGGGGCGAAGGCGACAGCGCGCCGGCUGCUUCACCACGUGCGAGCACCCAUGCACAAGGCGGCGGCCGCUGGGCCAGCCUUUUCCCUCCGCCGCCUGUCUCUCCCCUGGAGCCUGAAGUGUUGCUGCGUCACAGCCGGCUGCUGCACAGCCGCUACCACUGCGCAGAGACGCCCUCUGGGCGCUGUCCAGACGCGCUGCAGGGGCUGCGCAUCGCGUCGUCUCGCAGCACGCUGUGGCAGUUUGCAGCAACGUUGGACAGUACCUCAGUGGAGCGUGGCCAGAGGCAGCCAGCAGGGAGGGUGGCGACGGCGGAGAGGGAGCUGCAGACACAGUUCGAGCUGGAGCAAGAGAAGACGGAGGCGCGCGUGCGGUUGCUGCGUGAGUGCAGAGUUCCAAUGGUGAGGGCGAAAAACAACCCGGCUCAGGAGGAGGGCUCCGCCGACGAGGGAGAGUUUGAUGAGCCGGGGCAGCCUGAUGAGAUGCUGUGGCACAAGACGCGCCGCAGCUUCAAGACGAGCCAAUACAUGAGGGCUGCAGCCCAAUUCAAGUACCAGUUACCAGAGUAUUCGGAGCUGCAUUUUGCGCAGCCUGCAGCAGCUGCAGCAGGCGCACCCCAGCCAAGGGCGCGGCCUCGCAAGCCCGUCAACUGGCCAGGCCGCUCGCAGCAGCGCCGCGUGCAGGCUCGGCCAGGGCAAGCGCAUGUUCAUCCUGCUGCAGUUGCCGUCAUGCAAGUGGAAGCAGCCCUGCAAGCGGGCAAGCCCAGAGCCGAGGACGACGACGUCGUGCCGCUGACUUGGCCCAGCCCCUCUGGCAGCCUGGCGGCGAGCAGCAUGCUGUGCCUGAUCACGCGGCAGCUGCCCUGGCAAGAGGAGGAGCUGCCGCACCAGGGCCCUGCAGCGCUGGCGUGGUGGAAGGAGCACGAGGUGGCGCACAGGGCGGCGCAGGAACGGCAGCGCCACGAGGCCAAGGCUGCAAAGCGCGAGGCCCGAAGACUCCAGCGGCAGCAACAGCAGCAGCAGCAUCAGCAGCAGCCGCAACAGCUGCAGGGGGCAAAUUAUGAUCAGCAGCAGCAGCGGCAGCAGCCGCCGUCGCCGCCGCAGCAGCAGCCGCAGCAGCCGCAGCAGCAGCCUGCGGCCGAAGCGGGAUCACCAUGGCCAGCCCAAGCCCUUGCCCAGCCCCACCCUUUUGGGUGGCUUCACGCGCGCCAGGAGACACGACUGGCAGGCAUUUCCGAAACUCUCGAGCGCUGCUGCUGCAGCGGCAUGCUGGCGGGGCCGGCGCUGGCGCAGGGCGUGCUGGCGGGUGCCGCGAGCGUCGCGUGUGUUGAGCAGCUAGUCGCCCCGGGCAUGCGGGAGCAGCUGGCCCGUGACCUGCUGGCUCUGGGACAGACCGCGCUGGCGCUGAAGGCCGCAGAGGCCGUCGCGCUACUGGGGCCGGAGGGGGAAGCGGCGCGCGACCGGCUGGAUCCCAGGCCAGGCAGGAGCCCCUCCUGGGUGCUCCACGCGCCGGAAGGUACUGAUCUUGAGCAGCUGCUGGGUGCGGAGCUGAUGGAUUACGUCAUCGCCGGCUGCGACAAGGAGGAGCAGGAGCGCUUCGCCGGGGUGGUGGCCCUGGCACUGUCGCGUGCUGAGCGCAGGUUGGCUGAGGGCGCGGGCCUGCAAGCCGCGCUGCACCUGGCCGCCCGCGGCGGCGCACCCUGCGGCGCACUGCGGAUUGCGGCAGCCGCACUGCGCCUCCGCCGCGCGCACCUGUGCUGCAUAUGCACCUGCGGCUCUGGCCGGAGAGGGUCUCUGCACGACGGCCCCAGCGCAGCGUGGCGAGACGGGCCGUGCGCUGUGUGCAACACGCGCUGGCCAGUACCGGGCCGGGCGGUUGCCGACGCGCCUGAGUGCCUGUGGCAGCAGCUAGAUGUGGCCACGGCGCUGCGGGCCAGGGCGCCAUGGCGGGUUGGGGACUGGGGCAAGCCCGUGAAGGGCUGCAAGGGCGACCCCCUGUCCUGCCGCCCGCUCCUGGCCGCAGUCAGCGCAGCCAGCUGGGCGGGGCUGCGGCGCAGUGCGGCAGCGGACGCGGCCGCUUGCGAGGGCGACCGGUUGGGCAUGGUGCAGGAGGCAGUGCGCGUGGCGGAGCUGGUGGCCCCAGCCUUGAAGGGCCCCGCGGCAAAGCGACAACGCAUCCAGCAGAGCCAGGCCCUGCUGCAGCGGUCAGCGGCUGAGCUGUCAGUGCCUGGGGCGCUGCCGCUCGUGGCGGAGCUGCUGCGCGCCGAAGGCGUGAGCCAGGACUCGCUACGGCACCUGCACCAGUGCCUGCUGCCAUACGCCGGGGGCGCUCUGGGGUGGAUCGACGAGGGCUGCGUCGCCACAUCGUACGGCGCUGCGCUGGCGGCCGCCGCGGAGGUCCUCAUGCGCCACGUGGCGAAGAGCAGGGCGGCGACGGAGGCUGCGUGGGGGCCGGACUGGGGCGAUUGGGACGUCAUGCUUCUGUGGGAGCGCCAGGAGUGGGAUGCAGGGAGGCUGGGGGCCCCGGCGGACGGCUGCGCGCGGGACACCUGCCUGUCGCUGCAACCCCAGGGCUUCCCCGGCCCCGUGGUCCUGCCGUCUCUGACCCUGCUGGGGGACCUGGUGCAGAGCUGCGUCUUCAGCCAGGCGCCGCUGCCGCGCUGCCUGCUCCUUGUGCCAGCACUCCUGACAGGGCCGCCCGCCAUGGCGGCCAUCUGCGUCCCAACCCUGGCGCUCCACGCCGCGCGCCAGCUGGCGGCCCUGGGCCUGCCCUCUGCCGCGCUGGCCGCCGCCCUCUCCUCCUACCGCGCCCUGGCCCUGGAGCCAUACCACCCUGGUGGCCAGGAGCCGCGGCAGGUCAACCUGGCCGGCUACAGCGGCCACAAGCAGCCGGAUGACGCCAUGAGGGCCGCACUGGGAGACCUGCUGGGCUUUGCCAUCCGCGCUGCUCACCACCUCCUGACCACGACUGCUGCAGCCGAGCCCGCAGCUGUCGCGGCCAGCUUCGCCCUGCUGGGCCGCGAACAAGCCAGCGCAGACCUCAGCCCCCCCGCUUCCGGCCGCUGGCUGAGGGCGCCGACGAAGCCGGUGCCCGAGGGCCUGGGGGCUCAGCUGUUUCUCCUGGCAAAGGAGGCGGCGGCCGCGGGGCCGUGGCCCGCUGCAGGCCACGUCCCGCUGCUGCUGGCGACGCAGGCUGCCUCGCUGGUGGGGGAGGGCGUCGGCACGUGGCGGCGGCUGCGAGGGCAGUGCAGCGGCGGACAGUGUGCAGACGUGCCGGUUGUGGCGCACACCGUCACGUCCUGGGGCGUGGGUCUGAGGGGCAGCCACACGAGGGCUCAGGCGGAUGAGAUGUACUCCCGCUACCGCAAGUGGGUGGCGUUCGGGCAGGCUCGGAGAUCCGAUCACCGGAUGGACCUUGAUGAGUGGCUCAGGGCCAACCAGGCGUCCGCUGAGUUUGAGAAGGGGCGCUCGCAGGUUGAGCUUGACAGCCAGGAGGAGGACAGCCUGGGGCUCAAGUCCUGCGCCUGGGACGGGGGAUGGCACCAGAUCACGUGCAGCGGCCGCGACAUCUGGCACAGACUCGCGCUGCCCCUCCUCCUAAGGCCGUGCGACGUGGGCGUCAUGCUGAGGGACCACCGCGUCCUGGCAACGCCGGUCCACAUACUGCACUGGGUGGCGCAGCAGCUGGAGGCGCUCGGCGGCCGCGAACAGCGGGACGCGAUCCGCCUGGUGCUGGGAGCUCUGGGUGUGGAGGGCACCGCCAACUGCGGCCCCUGGGCAGCGCCGGAGCUGAUGCUGCUGGUGCCCACGCUGCUGAGGGCCGAGGCAGCGCUCGCCCUGGAGCAGCCUGCCGCCGCCAGCGCCACUGCUGCGGGCGCGCAGGCGGUGCGGGCGACUGCAGCGGCCGCGGGUGCUGAGGAGGCCGGCGAAGGAGCGGUGCCUCGAGGUGCCGCGCCCGCGGCUGCUGCAACUGCCGGGUGCAGCCGGUUGGCGCGCGCCGUGUGGGCCCUGGUGGAGGGGGCGACCGUCCCGGCGUGCGCCCCGAGGUGCGACCUCCAGCCUGGCGGGGAGUGGCCGGACGCCACCUUCUUCCAGGGGCCCAGCUACCUGCACUCGCUGCUCAAGGCGCUGCGCCUCCUUCCGGAGUUUGUGGUGCGCCACCCGCACCUCAACGCGCCAUGCCACCACCGCCUGGUCCUCAGCUUCAUCCUGCGGGUUCCCACAAGGGCUGUCCUGGAGUGGGGCAACACAGCUCUCUUUGCCCUGGACGCCAUGACCACAGCUGCAGCUCCCUGCCAGCCAGCGGAUGCCGCACCUGGCAGCGAGGCCCAUGGCUCAGACCAACAGAGCGAGCCGGGCAAGGCCACGGCGGGCCCCUGCCCAGGGGGCGCGGGGACAGGAGCAGCAUCAGCACAAGCUGCAGCCGCGUCGGGCUGGCCCGGCCCGCCGCCGCGCCCGCAGGAGCUGUGGUUUGACGUGGCGCGCGAUGACCUGUGGGAGCGACAGCAGCUAGUGGUGCCGCCGGGCCUGCGGCCACACCCUGCGCUGGCUGAGCUGCUGUCUGUGCUGCCCAAGGCGCCACAGCGCGCGCAGCAGCAGAAGUCGACCAAGAGGAAGUCCAAGAGGAGGCAGCCAGCGACCAAGCGGCGCAAGCAGCAGCAGAGGCGGCAGCAGAAGACGGGAGAAGACGCGGGGAACAACAAGGGCACCGGCGAGGAUGGCGGCAGCGGCGCGGGCAAGUGGGAGUGGCGCUAUGUGCCACGGCACCUGCUGUGGAGGGUGCACGCCAGCAUCGCCCGCAACACCGCCUUUGAGGGCCAUUGGUGCCGAAAUGAGUGGCCCUGGUACCCCCCUGAGAUGGAGCAGCUUGGCUGA